AUGUCGAAACCACAGAGCACCAACGGCUCGGAGUCUGAGUUCGAGUUCAUUGAAACUCCCAAGGCUCCGACGCCCUCCUUCGAGAAGUUCGAGGAGUGUGGUGUGCGAACCACUUCGUACCCCGCCAUCAAGAACGCUCCCUUGCCCGCCGACGCCGCCGGUAACGACAGCUUCUCCCUGAUUGCCCUGGCCUUCGUGCUGGGCGUUCCUCCGUUCUGGCUGUCAUGGAAGGUCGGCGGUGGCAACAAGACCGCUCUCUUCUUCGCACUCUUCACCACCAUCCCCCUGCUGGCCGGUUUCUGGCUGGUCGUUUCCUCCGUCAGCCCUCGCAAGAACGAGAAGGCUCGCUAUCCCGGCCGUCCCGUGGAACACUACCUCACCUUCAAGAAGCCGGCCGACCAGGCCAAGUACCAUGGCAAGAACAAGAUUCCCAUGGAGACCUUCCACGAGAUGUACUUUGACGGCGACGUCGAGUUCAACGGUGACUGCCUCGAGAUCAUGGAGUACAGGCACGACUGGGCCAACUUCCGCUUCACCAUCAGCCUGAUCCGGUUCUUCCUCACUGGCAUGAUCCCCGAGAUGCUUAUGCACACCAGGUCCCAAGGCAAGUUCUACGAGGAGCAGGUUAGAGAUCACUAUGAUAGAGGGGAUGAUUUUUAUGCCUGGUUCUUGGGCCCCCGUAUGAUCUAUACCUCUGGAAUCAUCUCCGACAUCAACGCCGAGGAGAGCCUUGAGCAGCUCCAGGACAACAAGCUGGCUAUUGUGUGCGAGAAGAUCGGUCUCAAGCAGGGCGAGCGACUCCUGGAUAUUGGCUGCGGCUGGGGCACCCUUGCCCGCUUUGCCAGUGCCAACUACGGCGCGAAGGCUACCGGUGUCACGCUUGGUCGCAACCAGACUGCUUGGGGCAACAACGCCAUGCGCAAGGUCGGUGUCCCUGAGGAGCAGAGCAACAUCCUGUGCAUGGACUACAGAGAUAUCCCGGUCCCCGAGGGCGGCUACCACAAGAUCACCUGUCUGGAGAUGGCCGAACACGUCGGCGUUCGUCACUUCUCCAAGUUCCUGAAGCAGGUUCACGACAUGCUGGACGACGAUGGAGUCUUCUUCCUGCAGAUUGCUGGUCUCCGAAAGUCUUGGCAGUACGAGGACCUUAUCUGGGGCCUGUUCAUGAACAAAUACGUCUUCCCAGGUGCCGACGCUUCUACUCCCCUGGGCUGGUUCGUCGACAAGCUGGAGGGUGCUGGAUUCGAGAUCAAGCACAUCGAUACCAUUGGAGUGCACUACUCUGCUACGCUCUGGAGGUGGUACAGAAAUUGGAUGGCCAACAAGGACAAGGUCGAGGCAAAAUACGGCAGCAGGUGGUUCCGCACCUGGGAAUACUUCCUUGCAUACUCGACCAUCAUCUCCCGACAGGGCAGCGCCACGUGCUACCAAAUCACUCUCGUCAAGAACAUCAACUCUACCCAUCGCGUGGAGGGUAUCAACACCCAGUACGGCCUGGCUGGCGCUCUGGCCGCGGCCAAGUUUGACCUGAAGGGCUGGCAGGAGGCUAACGCCACCCUGUUCCCACAAGCCUCCACCCUCGGUCAGUAG